GUCUUUCGCUUUCGCAGCAAUAAUGACAUAACCAAUACCCCCUCCCGCAUACUCUCUCUGAUUAGAUUGACCAAAAACCGGGGCACUCGACACGUAAACAAAAAAUUUUCAUUGCAUUUCCUGUGAUAAAGCCUAAGAAGUGAUAAGAGUGCUAAGAGUGUAAAACAACUAAUGUGAACAGAUACAUUCAAUAAAAUGAUAAUAAAGAAGAACGAGAAUACACUGAAGUAUGUGAGCCUUAUUACGCUCACACUUCAGAAUGCCAUCCUGGGAUUAAGCAUGAGGUACUCCCGGACACGAGCAGGUGAUCUAUUUCUUAGCUCAACAGCUGUUGUGAUGUCAGAGGUCGUAAAAUUAAUUACCUGCCUUAUUCUGGUGUUCCUGGAGGAGAAGGACUUUACAAAGUUUCAAAAUGCACUACACAAAACAGUAAUCCAGCAGCCAUUGGAUACUCUUAAAGUAUGUGUACCAUCCUUGGUCUAUAUAAUCCAGAACAAUCUAUUGUACGUAUCGGCAUCACAUCUAGACGCAGCCACCUACCAGGUGACAUAUCAACUCAAAAUCCUCACAACUGCCAUGUUUGCUGUAGCUAUUUUGCGGAAAAAACUUUUCCCUACGCAAUGGUGUUCGCUGGUAUUUCUCAUUGUUGGUGUGGUAAUGGUACAGCUAGCUCAAUCUAAUGGAGAAACAUCUAUAGGGAUAGGUGGAUUGGAACAGAAUCGUUUUAUUGGAUUCUGUGCUGCACUGGGCGCAUGCGUCUUAUCCGGAUUUGCGGGAAUUUACUUCGAAAAGAUACUUAAAGGGUCAGAGGUCUCGGUCUGGAUGAGAAAUGUACAAUUAAGUUUCCUGAGUCUUCCCUUUGGCUUUAUAACUUGUUUUCUCAAUGAUGGGAAACAAAUUACAACCCAGGGCUUUUUCUUUGGGUAUGACUUCUUAAUCUGGUACUUGGUAGUACUACAGGCAGGAGGAGGACUCAUAGUGGCUGUUGUGGUAAAAUAUGCAGAUAACAUUCUCAAAGGAUUUGCCACAUCUUUAGCGAUCAUUAUUUCCUGCAUUGCGUCAAUUUAUCUUUUCGAUUUUCAACUUAAUUUGCAAUUUACAGCUGGUGCGAGCUUAGUAAUUUGUUCCAUCUUUCUCUAUGGAUAUGACCCUAAUAAACAAGCUAAGAUUAUAACCGUUCGCCCGUCUCCAGAUGAAAAAUUGUUAUUACCAAAAGUAUAGCAAUAACAACUCAUUCAUUAACUUGAUACAAAAAAAAAAAAAAAAACGGACGCCACUAUCACAAUCUCCGAAGUCACACAAUUAUAGUAUUUAUUUUUAGUUUAUCGACAAAUCUCCCGCUUUUGAACAAAAAUUUAUAUUUUAUAUACUUCUUCUUCUAAACAAAAACAAAUCACAUAGUGAUAGCGCAAUAAUUCAGGAAAGUGAGAGUAUUAUAGAAAUGAGAACAAAUAACUUACAGAAUAUAAGACAUUUUAAUAAAUGAGA